AUGUGGUUUCUAUAUAUAAAUGAUGCCUCUGAAAGAGGAGUUCUCGUUCAUUCCUCACAAACUCCUCUCUCUCUCUCUAAGAUAGCUCCUAGGCGGAAACCUGCAACAGCUACUAAUUAUAAGCUGUUUGGUGAUGGUGCCGGAACAUCUUCUUCCGGCGGUCCAUCAUCUUUCGAGGCAGUUCCUGACUCUCAGACAUCUCAGAGAGUUUAUAGCCCUCCUCCUCCUGCACCUCAUAUACCCUCCCAGAUGCCUCCACCUCCUCCACCAGCAGCUCCACCUCCGCCUGCUCUAGAGGGAGCUGCUCAUCCAGAUUUGUGGGUGCCUCCUUCUGCACAAUACACAAGAUAUACAGUGAAGGAUUUGCUUGCCCAGCCUAGACGGGAGAUUGGGGCCAACAACCGUGUUUCCAAAAGCGUUUCAGAGAUGAUCAAGGGAUAUUACGAUGGGGCCUAUCCGAACUGGAGCAUGACUCCAAAUCACGUCAAGAUGACUUGGUUUAAAUGUUCUGCAUGGCACUGGUCAUUAGAAAUCACCGAGAGGGUGAAGAAGGAGUUCCAGGCAAAAGCGAAGACCCGCCUUUGCAACAAGGUCUCAGAUUGGAAGGACAAUUGGGAGAUCUACGGUUAUGGAAGCCCACUGAGGUCACAAAGGAGUAUUUCUUCUUCCUCCGAAGAUGCUCCUCCCCUUCCACCGUUCCCCCCAGACCCUCCUGAUCCCAAAUCCCAACUUUCGCCUCAUCUUUUCCCUCCCUUAGACUCCACUCCCCCGCCCAUCCGUUCUGAAAAACGUAGAUCCCACCUCGCCAACUCCCCAAAUGACACUACUAUGACUCAAGCUCUUGAUUCAUCCCCUGCUGUGGCCAAUGCUGUAACUACUACUCAGUUUGGUACUCUUGCAGAAAUUGAAUCUAUCACUACUGUUCCUGCUACAGGAAACCCUAAACCCCUUACUUCUCAACAAGCAACUACCUCUUCUAAUCCGUUGGAAAAGCAGAACAUUUCUCUUCCUGACCCUCAAAUAACCAUCUUUAAGAUUAUCCAACCAAACCAUAACAGUCCUGUUCUGUCCAAUCCAGCUUCUAGCAACCAUAUCCUUCCUGCUAACCCUACUAUUCCUCUCAUUCCUACUCCUACAUUAAAUACUACCUCCACCUAUGCUCCUCACCCUCCCGCUCCCCUUCCAGUGACAAACCCUACCUUAGCUGAUACUCUUCGUCUCAAAGGUGAUAAGACCCUACAAAAGCUUGCGCCUGUCACUAUCUCUGAUACCGGUCGCCCUCGUGUUCUUAUACCUGACUCUGUCUUUGAGAAGGGUGCUGAGCUUCACCGUGAUUUUAUCAUCUGCUACUUCAACGGCCGCCCUCCUCCGUUUAAAAAGAUUCAGGGCGUUCUCAGUCAUAUGUGGGGGAAAGGCAGAAGGCUUGAAAUGCAUAACAAUCCCCUGCAACGUUCUGUCCUCGUUAGAAUACCGAGUGAUUACCUAAGGCAAAAAAUCUUAGAUAAAAACAUUUGGUAUGUAGGAGACUCUAUGUUUCAUACCGCGCAGUGGUCGUCAGUGCACUCCUCAGCUACUCCACCUCUUAAAUCCAUCAAGAUCUGGGCACAUCUCACCGGAGUCCCACUUGACCUACGUUAUAAACAAGGUCUUAGCUUGGUGGCCGGUUUAAUAGGAGAACCUAAGGAAACUGAUGAUUUUACUCUAAAUCUUGUGAGUCUUACUCUGUCUCAUGUCAAGGUGGAGGUGGACCUCACCAAGUCUCUCCCUAAUGUGGUUGAAUUUCAGCGACAUAGUGGUGAAAUAGUAGAGGUUGUAGUUGAAUAUCCUUGGCUGCCUCCAACUUGUUCUCAUUGCCAGGAGCUUGGUCAUGUCAUAAGGAAUUGCUUGCUUUACACUCCUCCUAAGGACGCCCCUCCAAUCGCGAAAGUACCUGUUGCCAAGGAAAAGCAAAAAAUGUCAGAUUCUGUGAGGAAGACCCCUUCUCAAAAGGCAAAAUCAAAACAAUAUGUGCCAAAGUCAACCAUUCCUCCCAUCUCUGCGGUUCAAAUCCCUCCCUCCCCACAAUCCCUCUCUGACGAGGACGGACGAAUAGUUCUUAUUUGGAAGGAUCCAGCUAAAGUCACAGUAAUCUCUCAAUCAAGGCAAAUGAUUACAUGUGAGCUACAGCUUCCUAACUGCCAACCUAUCAUCUACUCUGCUAUCUAUGCGUCUAAUUUGAGUGAAGAAAGGACAGACCUUUGGGUAGAGCUUCUAAAUCAGCACUCUGCUCUUGCGCUUGACACUAAGCCUUGGAUGAUUGGUGGUGACUUUAAUCAAAUCCUCCGCCACUACGAGCAUUCUUCGUUCUGUCACAUGAGACAUUCUUCCCAAAUGUUUCAGUUUCGUGAUAGCCUGCUGCAGCUGGGAGUCUUUGAUCUCCGUUACUAUGGACCUGUUCAUACAUGGACAAACAAAUGUGAUACUGCUCCUGUUGCAAAGAAGCUUGAUAGAUGCUUGAUCAAUAGUGAAUGCCUCACCUCUUUCCCAAAUGCUACUGCAAACUUCUUACCCCCAGCCCCCUCAGACCACACCCCCUGCCUCAUAGACCUUGCUUUUCACCUUCCCAAAGCCGGAACCCAACCCUUCCGUUUCCUAAACUACUUAACCAAGCACCCGAGCUUCUUGGAGGUUGUCAUAAAUGCAUGGUUGCUCGCCGGAAACGUGUCUGCCAACCUAGCGUCUCUGUGUUGGAAGUUGAAAAACAUUAAAACAUCUCUCAAAACACUAAAUAAAGAAAAUUUCUCUUCUAUUCAACAGAGAGUUAGUGAAUCUUACCGUUUGUUACAACUUGCGCAGGUACAGGCUCUUGCAGAUCCUACACCACUCACUUUUGCUGAAGAACAAGACCUAAACCUGAAGUGGCAGUUUCUGAGACAGAUAGAGGAAUGUUUCUUUUUGCAGAAGUCUAGAAUAAAUUGGCUAAGAGAGGGGGAUCUGAAAACAACUUACUUUCACCGCGUUUGUCAAGUGCGUGCUAGUUUCAAUGCUAUCCGCUCUUUCCUUCUUCUGUCUGGAGUAACUAUCACGGAUCCGCUUCAGAUGAGUGCUCAUGCCAUCUCUCACUUUCAAGCAGUCCUGGGUCCUGCUCAGCUUCCCCUCCUUUGGUACACUCCAACCGAAUGGUUCUGCUCCCUCACACCGUUCAGAUGUAGUCAGCAACAGACGAACUCCUUCCUCUUGAUGCCUUCUGCGGAUGAGAUCACUAAGCUUAUGUUUUCACUGAACCCCAAUAAGGCGCCGGGACCUGACGGACUCACCUCUAAGUUCUUCACGGCUUCAUGGUCACUGUUGGGAUCAGAGUGCAUCAACUCCCUGCAAGAAUUCUUCAACUCAGGAUUCCUGCCAAAGACAACGAACUCAACAAUUCUCUCUUUGGUUCUGAAAUUCACUGGUGCAUCUAAGAUUACUGACUACAGACCUAUCUCCUGCUUAAACACACUCUACAAAGUCAUUUCACGUCUACUAGUGAGGCGUCUUAAGCCUAUUCUACACCAACUCAUUCUACCUAAUCAAACGGCUUUUGUCGAAGGCAGGCUACUAGUGGAGAAUACGGUUUUAGCUAGUGAACUGGUGAAUGGUUACCACAGGAACACGAGGAGUAAGAAGAUUACCGUCAAGGUAGACAUUGCUAAAGCCUUUGAUACUCUCUCUUGGGAGUUCCUCUUUGCGGCACUGGAAAGCUUGCACCUGCCUGUUCCUUUCCUCCGUCUCCUCAAAGCUUGCAUCUGCACUACAACGUUCAUGGUUGGUUACAACGGUACAGUGAGUGGUUUCUUUAAAGGCAGGAGAGGAUUGAGGCAAGGAGAUCCAUUAUCUCCUUACCUAUUUGUGAUUGUGAUGAACUACUUGUCUCUCAUGUUAGACAAAGAAGCGAGGUCAGGGAAUGUAACUUACCAUCAUCAUUGUGCCAAGACGAGGUUGACUCAUCUUUCAUUUGCGGACGAUCUCCUCAUUUUCAUCGAUGGAUCCUUGGAGUCUGUUCAGAGGGUACUACAGAUCCUGCAUGAGUUUGAAAAAAGAUCAGGUCUAGCGGUAAGCUUACAGAAAUCAAGCUUCUUCGCGUCUGGACUGCCGGAUCAAGAAAUAUCGGCCAUUCAAGUCUCAACAGGAAUGCCUUGUGGAAGUUUACCUAUGCGGUAUCUGGGGGUCCCCUUGUGUACAAAGAAGCUGAACCUCCAGAAUUGUGAGUCUCUGCUUCAGCAAAUAAAGCAGCGUCUAUCUUCCUGGUCAGUUAAGGCUCUCUCAUUUGCAGGUCGACUUCUACUGAUAAAAACUGUCAUAUCUGGUGUUUCAACUUUCUGGUGCUCCAGUUUUAUCCUGCCAAAGGGUGAGUUGGGAGACGGUCACACUUACCAAAGAUCAGGGAGGACUCGGUGUAAAAGACCUCCACAGUUGGAACCUGACGUGUAUCCUCAAGCUCAUUUGGAUGCUCUUCUUUCGUCCCAACUCGGUCUGGGUCUGUUGGUUCAAAGAGGUAAUUUAAGAGGAGACUUAUCAAACUACUGGACGGUAAGAACAAGUCUUGCUUACUCAUGGCUGGUUAACAAGAUGAUUAAGGUCAGAGACGUUAUUUACCCUCUGCUUCGCCGAAGGGUUGGUAAUGGUGAGAGCACACGGUUUUGGUUUGAUAACUGGACACCAAUGGGGGAGCUUCACACCUUCUUGAAUGCAACAACUUCGCGCUUGGGAAUCCCAUUGUCAGCCACGGUUGCCUCUCUUCAUACUGCUGGAUACUGGAACCUCCCACCUGCAAGAUCAGAGAAUCAACUAGCGCUUCAGGUCCACUUAACAACGCUUCUGCUAACUGAUGGAGAAGACUCUUAUGAUUGGGAAAUAGAAGGAAGGUUAUCUUUGAAGUACAGAACUGGUGAAGUAUACAAUUACCUACAAGGAAAUCAGCCAGUUGUCCCUUGGGCAAAAAUUGUCUGGUUCUCUUUCGGUAUCCCUCGCCAUAGCUUCCUCACUUGGUUAGUACUGCUUAACCGCUGCCCUACAAGAGACAGAUUAAACAGCUGA